AUUUGACCUGGACCAUACUGGGUGUGACCAGAAAUCGAACAGUGCAUGAGGGUUAAAUGCACAAUAUCUUAUUGUGAAUGAUUUAUCCAUAAAUGUUAAUUAUGAGUUUUUACUCAUAAUUUAUCAACUCGAUCUUCCAGUGAAACGAUAGACUUCUUUCUGGUGACGUAUGUUAGAUUCCUCCAAUCAUUUAGUCCACUAAAACCCACCCCUUUCUUACAAUCGAACGCAAGCUCGCAUUCAACCGUUGGAUGCCUGGUCAUUUUUUUUUUAAGGCAGCAUAGAUGUAUGAUCUCCCACAAUCCUGUGUGUGUGUGUGUGUGGGAAGGUGUGUGUAAGCAGAACUUUGUGCCCUUGAGCAAAGAUGACAGCAUACAUGCCGCACACUUCUACAUCUGCCUUUUGAGAUGAAUAGGUAUGCUAACAGACAGCUUUUCCAGGUAUUCCAGACCUACUUGGCCUUAACCCAAUUUCCUUAGGAGGUGCCUUCAUACAGAACUGCUGUCUGUUAAAUCAGUGACUGACUGUGCAGCAUGGCAGCUGCUUUCAAACACACAGUGCUUCUCAAUUAGAUGACUACAUCCUAGUGAAGCUGCGUCAUUCCUAGACCAGUCCUUAGGCUUGUAGACUAGAGUCCUGCUCAGUGUUAAAUAGAAUGAGAACGAAACAGUCUAGUAAGUGUGCAUGGCGACGUCAUAAAGGUUUCCGCCUCCACAUUCACGCCACAAAAAUACAAUUAGGCCUAAAAAUAAUUUUGGAAAAAUAUUAAAGAUUUUCUGUUAAAGGUGGGGUAAGCGAUAUUUCAACUUUUGGAAGUUGGUGGGACCGACACCAACAACAAACGUGUAGUCAAUCAGCAUUAGGGGGCGUAUGACAGUCGAGGAGACAGAAUGAGCAAGAGGGAGAUUUGAAGAAAGACUGCAGAAAGGAGACAAUAGAAAGAAAUGAGACAAUACAGAAGAGCUCAAAAGAAUAUCACUGAAAUGAAGGUUUAUGACUGGGCAAGCACUUUAGGACCUCCAUUAAUAUUAGAAAAGCUUUCCAGCGCUGGAGAGAGCUAAGCGGGAAGGCCUGAAAACAGACGUGGAGGCUGCUUUGAUUCCGCUUCACAUGUGAGUAAAUGAGUGUCAAUUGAUUGUCUGGCGCUGAUGUGAUGUUGGCGACUAACAACAAACUCUUGUUUGUAUUUUCUCUUGUGUAUUGUACAUUCAUUUUUUGUGCUUCCUUGACGUUCAUUCAUUAUCUGCUUUUUUUUUUUAUGUAGCAUUAUUUUGUUGCAUGUCAGCUGUGGCCAGAUAGUGAGAGUUGUGCAGGUAAACCACUGCGCACUGACGACCGCUAGAGAAUGCGGCGUUUAGCGCCAUUGUUAGUGCACUUGCCUUGCCUGCCAGCAGUGAUCAGUGUUCGGGACCGACUUGGAGCCGGGUGGUUAGGAUUGGAGGAUGAAGUCAACAGAGGUGGAUCAAGGCCUUUUCACAGACAGUUACUGCAAAGUGUGCAGCGCUCAGCUCAUCUCAGAGUCACAGAGAGUGGCACAUUACGAGAGCCGGAAACAUGCAAACAAAGUGCGUCUGUAUUACAUGUUGCAUCCAGUAGAUGGGGGAUGUCCAGCUAAGAAGCUUAGAACAGAUGAUGGCAGUGAGGAGGGAGACGUGGAUAAGAACAAGUGCUGUACGCUAUGUAACAUGUCCUUUACUUCAGCGGUGGUAGCGCAGUCUCAUUACCAAGGCAAGAUCCAUGCUAAAAGGCUCAAACUUCUGCUGGGCGAACAGCCUACCAUAACAGCCAAAGAGGUGCCACCUAGUCCAGUGAAAACGCCCUCCUCAGAAACUUCACCUGUGAGCUCGACCCGUCAACACCGGGAUUCAGAUCGCUACUGUCAGCUGUGUAAUGCUUGGUUCAACAACCCUGGAAUGGCACAACAACACUACGAUGGCAAAAAGCACAAGAAGAACGCAGCACGUGCAGACCUGCUGGAACAACUAGGGAAGACUUUAGACAUGGGAGAGAUGAAAGGUCUAAAACGCUGCUACACAUGUGAUGUCUGCAGUGUCACACUGAAUUCAGUGGCACAGUAUCAUGCACACCUGCAGGGCUCCAAGCACCAAAACAACCUAAAAAAUCAGCUGUGUGUCCAGUGAGCCAGUGGGAAAAACUAGAUGAUUGGAUUGAUGUCAGACAAGCUGUGAUCAGCUUGCCCGGGAUUUUCUGCCUCUAUUCUGUCUCUCUUUCUCUCGCUCUCUCUCUAUCUCCUUCUUUUACUCUGUUGUCUUACUCUCAAUUUGACUGCAAAAGAAGAUUGAAGAUCCUCUUAAAGUCAGCCUUUAGUCAUCCCGAACCCUUUCUCUACCUCCCAGCCUCCUCUACAGCAGCUCUCCUCCUCAUGACUCAAACACAGACAUCAGGCUCUGAAUCUCUGGAGGAGAUGUGACUUCAUCCAGUGACACCCAUCUGGUACUUAUUCCGUUAUUGCGCCGGAAGUUUAUAUAGCUAAACUCAGUCAGUUGUUGUGUGCAUGACUGAAUACCGUACUUGUGGUCACUUUCUCAGCUAAGCAAUAUCUGUCCAAAAAUCUGCCAAAUUAAUUGUUAAAACCAUAACAAAAGUUAACAUAAAAAGAGAAUGCACUCUAUAGAAACUGUUGUCCACAUUUUACUUUUAUGUCUCUCAUUUUUAUGCACUAUUUGUUGUUAUGUGCAAACAAUACAUGUUAUACAAUUAUCUAUGUGGUUUUGGCCUAAAAAUAUGGGCAUUUGGGGCAGGGUUCUACAGAAACAAAAUUUACUAGACGUGUUUGUUGUAUGUGUAUGUGUGAUCUGUAGAUAGCUGUUUGAAUAAUGGGCAUUUGAGAAUAUUUGUAAGCUAAUGUCAGCCUAUUUAGAUUUCUGGUCUGGUUUUUAAUACAUUUUUGAAGUUUUGGACAGAAUGAAAUUAUAAGUCUUCAGAAAACAAAGAUCAAGCAGCUAAUCCUUCAUUGUCCGUCACUUAUUUUACAUGCCACUGUGAAAACAGGUUAGAAUAUGUGUACGAAUUUACUGUAAUAAUUGGUUUUUGAUAAUAUUCUAAUACUUCAGAAUUAUUGUUAUUAUUAUUAAAAAGUAUUUUAAAAUAUAUUAAAUAUAUAUAUAUAUAUAUAUAUAUAUAUAUAUAUAUAUUAAAAAAAAUGCAGUUUACUUUAAAAAAAUAAUUAAUCUAUGACUUUUUUGCACGACUCUCUGGAAUACUUGAUUCUGAUUAGUGAAUUGUUGCAUUCAACUGUCAAAUAUUUCUCCAUAACGGCAGUUGUGAAAUCCAGGAAUCCUUUGCUCUGUGCUCAUGGUCUGUUUCUCUGUUGUCUCUGCAGCUGAGCUAAUAGAAUCAUUUCAACCCAGAUCAACUCAAAAAAUUAUUUAUUUAUAAAUUAUGUUAAAAUUGUAUGUUAAUGUACAAUUACAUGGUCAUUAUCCUCAAAAUAAAAUUUAGGGUGAUAAAGGACACCUGAUGCAUUUUUUUUUUUGAUAAUGGUUGGCUGUCUGUACAUUAUUCCUUUCUUAUUUUACUAUUUAUAGAAAGAUGUUUAUCCCUUCGUACAGUCAAGAAAAAGCAAAAAAUCUUGAUACUUGACACAUGACAUUAAUAAACACUUUAUCAAAGCCAGAUCAACAUAACGUAUUAUUUAGCCAAGUGUAGUGGGAUGUAAUCGGUCAUAAUGUAUAUAAAGAUUUUAUUAUUAACAAAGAACAAUUCAGUGCACAAAUAAUCACUGCUCUGUCACAAAGAUGGAAAAAUUAAUUUAUGCAUUGUUUCAUUGGAACUAGUGUGUGUUCCCUUUAAAGAGAGCAACUUCCUGUUCUCUCCCUCUUUGUGCUCUGGGUCAUGUGAUCUACUGUGUCUAAAAAAAGAAAUAAAAGGCACUUAAAAUCA